AUGUCUGAGUUAGGAUUCGAUCCCACGUUAAAGAAGAAGAAGAAGGUCAAGAAACCGGUUGAUGGCGCCGCAUCCGAUAGCAAGGAAUCGACACCUCAGCCCGGGUCAACAGCAGCAGCAGCAACUGACUCUGUUGACGACUUGUUCUCCGGGAUGAAGAAGAAGAAGAAGCCCGCCAAGAAGAGCGAGGACGCUGUUGACUCGGGCGCCUCGCCCGAGGCAGGCGACGAUCUCGCGGCAUCGUUGGGCGAUUUGACGCUAAAGAAGAAGAAGAAGAAGAGCACCGCCACCAAGAACUCGGACUUGAACGAGUUUGAGCAGCAGCUAGAAGAGGCCGGCGUCGAGGACAACAACGAGGACACGAGCAUAAUAGAAUCGCAAGAGCAACCGCAGUUGGGCGGCGGAUUGUCGUACGAUGAGUUGUUGUCGCGUUUCUUUGACAUUUUGAAAGCCAACAACCCCGAGUUGGCCGGUGAUAGAUCGGGACCCAAGUUCAGAAUCCCUCCGCCGGUGUGUCAAAGAGAAGGCUCGAAAAAGACGCUUUUCGCCAACGUGCAAGAGAUUGCUACCGUUUUACAGAGAAACCCCGAGCAUUUGAUCCAGUUUUUGUUUGCCGAGUUGGGUACCUCUGGAUCCAUUGAUGGUGAAAAACGGUUAGUCUUGAAAGGCAAGUUCCAGCCUAAGCAGAUGGAAAGCGUCUUGAGAAGGUAUAUUAUAGAGUACGUCACGUGCAAGACGUGCAAGAGCAUGAACACUGAGUUGAAGAGAGAAAGUGCCAAUAGGUUGCAUUUCUUGAGCUGCAAGGCUUGUGGAUCCACAAGGUCCGUUUCGUCCAUCAAGACCGGUUUCCAAGCGCAAGUCGGAAAGAGGAAGAAGUUUUAG